AUGCCUCGCAUGAAUCUUGGCCUUCCCUACAACCAUUGCAGCCUGGCAUCUGGAUGUCGAGUUGGUUUCCAGUCACCCAACCUCCUACGCUGCGGCGCCUGCCAAGUCGUCAAGUACUGCGGCAAGCCUCACCAAAAGGCCAAGUUACGCGCCGAGCCGGGCGAAGAUACAGGAGGCGAAAACCCCUUUGACACCGCAGUAGGCCAAUUCUGGUACUUUAGGAGCACUCGCCCUUACAUGUCGGCGUACGACUUUAUCAAAUGGUAUGCGGUCGUGCCUGACGAACAUUAUACAUGGAACUACACAAGCCUGUCAUUCCUCGACUUGCAUGACCAAAAUGCAUUGGAGCCCGUCUUUGAGAAGACUCACUAUCAUGAUGUUUCUUUCACUGUAGCCCUGACACUCAUAAAGAUUCGCUUGAUGCAGGACUUGGACAGCCUUCAUGCGUUCGUGCUGAGGAACCCCGACGUCGUCUCUCAAGAAAAGUACCUGGAUCUCAUUAACCAGCUUCGAGCCCAGAUCCUGCAGUUGUACAAAAAGGUUAAUGAAGAUAACCCGCAUUUCUGGUCGGGUGUCCUGAACCCGAACCUCUAUGCUUACGAUGUCCCGUCCGUCUAUACUCUUGGAUCACGAGAGGAGGCUGUAUUGAUCUUUCGGCAGUCGUGGUAUUCGUGGUCGGAAACCCAACUCGCCGUACGGUAUAUCAGAGGUAUUAUAACCAACGACAUGUGA